AUGAUCGGAAGACUGGCUGCUUUGAUUCUUCUAAGUACAUUGACCCUGAUUCAAACUGCAGAGGUUCCUCAUCAGAUCUCUUUGACUGUGAUUGAACUUGGAGAUAGUUUGUCUCUGACAUGUUCAGUCUCUGGGAUUGAAGCCGGGUUGUUUUACUGGUAUAAGCUGAAGUUUGGACAUAUGGUCCAAACAGUUGAAGCAGGAACUUUUGACAAAAUAACACUUCAAGAACCAUUUACCAACUCAAGAUUCACAGUAACAACUGUGAACAAUUGGCAUGUUCUCAACAUCACAAAUGUAAGCAAAGAAGAUGAAGCAACAUACUUGUGUCAAGCAGGAUCGGCAUACGGAAUUCAAUUUAUUAACGGCACACUUUUGGCUGUGAAUGAUCAUAAAAACCUGCAGAAAGCUGUCUAUGUGAAACAAAGUCCGGAGACAGAGUCGGUCCAGCUGGGCGACUCAGAGACUCUCCAUUGUUCCCUUCUCUCCAAGACAAAAGGAAACAUAGAUCAGUGUCCAGGUGAACACAGUGUGUACUGGUUCAGAUCUGGAUCAGGAGAAUCUCACCCAGGCAUCAUUUACACUCACAGUGAUGAAGAAGAGGAAAGAAGUUGUGUCUACAGUCUGUCCCAAACUAUACAGAACUCCUCUGAUACUGGGACUUACUACUGUGCUGUGGUCACGUGUGGAGAGAUCCUGUUUAGUGAAGGAACUAAAGUGGAGACAAGAUCAGAACUGGAGCCAGUAGUCCUUGUUCUUGGAGUCAUGUUGGCCUGUUGUGCGACUGUGAUAGUCGUCCUUAUUUUCUACGUAAAUCGAAAGAGAGUUUGUAAACAUUGCAAAGGGACCACAGAUGUAAAUUAG